UAAAAUUCCUUAAUAAUCUUAAAUUUCUUCAUCCAAACAUAAUGUAAUGGUAGGGGGCAAAUCAGCCAAAAAAAUUAAAUUAAGUCCUUAAUUUCCAAUUAAAAGGUUCAAAGAAAAAUUGAGAGUUGAGUGAUAAUUCAAGAAGUAAAUUGGCGGUUUACUCUAUCUAAAGCUGGAGGCUCAGUUUGGUGUCAUCCGCUUCGACAAAAGUAAUUGGACCAAAACACUCCUAGGCUCAGCUUGGUGUCAUCCGCUUCGAUAAGGGUACUUUUGUAAAUAUAUUUUUAAAUAAUGCCCUGCCCCUUUCCGUUUCGACUUUUCUCUCACAAACCUCUGCUUCUGUCGCUCUCUCCUCCGCUGCUUCAACUCAUAGCCCCAACCUCCACCACCACAAAACAUCAAAUCUUUCAGUUUCGGAGUUGUAGGCAAUUUAGGGUUAGGGUUUUUGAAAGGGGUUUUCUAGUUCAGUAUUUUCUGCUGUUUCUGAGGUCCAAAGGAGGAGGUUUUAUCGGCUUUAGCAGAAGUGGGGUUUGGGAGAUUAGCCAGUACCCAUGUUGCUUUUUUUCGUAUGCUUUCCAUUUCUCCUCUCUCUUGCCAUCUUCUCUGUAUUUUGGCUGCUUCCCGCACUCCCUUUUUUACUCUUGGUUCUGUGGUUCUCCGGCCGCCGUUAAGGUUUGCUGGAAACUAUGUCCGAAGGCCGGUGCAAGAGAUCGCUAUUGGUCAACUUGGACCACCAACGAUCUCUUCCUUGAUAUAUCCUCAGCAUUAGCAGACUGUUCUCCAAGAUAUAAUUCAUUGUCUUUGCUUCAUGAUUUUCAGCAUGGGGUAGAAUUUGUUGCAGAGCAUGUGCUCCCGCUGCUCAUACCUCUUCUAAUUGACCAGCAAUUAAAUGUUCAGCAGUUUGCCAAAUAUAUGCUCUUUGUCAAGGAUAUUGUGAGGACCAUGCUUGAUUUCUUAAAGACGAUUGCAGAGUUUGUGAUUUUGCACUCCCUGAUGGCAAGUCACUACUCGAAGCUAGAGAGACUUCUUCAGCCCUUGGGGCGGUUGCAUCUGCUGAUGGGUCAGCAGUAGCACAGAUGUAGCAAUUGUUUUUUAAGAGCCAAAGAAGCUGUACAUGGGCUUGGGUUAGCAGUUGCUAUUUCAUCCCACAGAUGGAGACACUAUUGAUAUUGAGUAAUCUUUGAAGAAAGUCACCUCUUCAGAGAAGUAAUCUGGCAGCAUUCGUUAAGCACUUUCCAAGGAAUUCUCACGUUGCUUUGAUUAAGUUAUACAUGGCCAUGAUAAGCUAAGCAAUGUCGUCCAAGCAGCAGAAUUAGAGGAAGGAAGCCCCCUCCUGGACAAUGCAACCAGGAGAAUGACUCUGACUGUUUUAUAGGAGGCAAAAUGUACCCAACAUAUACAUGUUCACCACCAUUGUCCGGGAGCACCAAGGCCUACCUCACUCUUAACAGUUUUGAGAAAGGUGGAGAUGGCGGCGGUCCAUCAGAAUGUGACAACAAAUACCACAAUGACAGCAUCCCUGUUGUGGCAUUGUCCACUGAAUGGUAUAACAAUGGAGGAAGAUGCCUCAACAACAUCCAUAAGUGCUAAUGGGAGGAGUGUGGUGGCAAGGGUCGUUGAUGAGUGUGACUCUACUGAAGGAUGUGAUGCCUAUUAGACGGCAAUAUCAUUUAGGAUAUUUAGUUCCUUGAUUGUAGGGGUGUAAAUCAUGUAUUGAUGUCUUAGAGUUGACUUCCUAGAAUAGAUGACUUUGCUUUGUAUAAAUCUUGUAUCUCUGUACAGAUUAUGUUAAUAAGAAAAUAUAUCAAGUAUUCCCCAGUA